AUGGAUCGUCUUAGACAUGUAUAUAAAUCAGUUGCAUAUGGACUACAAUCGCAUAAAAAUCCGUCUUCUACUGAAAUUAUACUUGUCAUAUGGGUUAUUACAUUAGUUUGUGAAGAACUUCGACAGUUAUUUGUAAUACGAGCAUCAUCAGCACGAAACGCUGUUGCAAUUUAUUUUAAAUCAUAUUGGAAUAAAUUAGAUGUUGUGACUAUAAUUCUAUUUUUCGUGGGUAUUGUACUUCGAUAUAUUUCAAUAUCAGAAUGCUUUUAUGCAGCACGGAUUGUUUUAUCAUUUGAUUUAUCUAUUUGGUUUAUAUGUACAUUGGGUAUGUUUACUACUGUAAAACUACUUGGGCCUAAACUUGUUAUAAUUGAUAAAAUGGUACAUGAUUUGAAAUUUUUCAUGUUAAUGUCUUUCGUAUUUAUACUGGCGUUUGGUGUAUCAUUUUAUAGUUUAGUAUUUGGUGUUCAACAAUUUAUUUGGCAUUUAUCACAAGCUUUAGAAACAUUCGAAGAAAAUUUUAAAGCAAAUGAACUGUCACUCGAUGACAAAAGUAUAACAAAAAUUGAAACAACUGAAGAUGCAUAUGGUGAUGAAGUUUAUUAUAAUUAUUUAAAACAGGAAAGAAAACUACUUGAUGAACCUGAUCUAGAUGAAGAACGAGUUCAAUCAUUACAGGAAAAUAUCUUAAAUAGAAUACGAAGACUUGAAAACCAUAAGCGAUUAAUUAGUAAUCAACAAGCUAUUACGUGCGAUUAUCUUGAACACUUGAUAGAUGAUUCAAAAACUAACAAUGGUAAACGUAUCAAACUAUCUUAA